AUGGGUAGCUCAGCUUCUCGUCCCCAUACUUUCAUCGGUCAACAACAAAAUCCCUCCUCAAAUUCUUAUUCUUCUUCAACCCCCGUUUCAAGAACUCUUUCUUUGCCUACCCCUUUAGUCCACCACCCACCAUUAUGCCAAGGGGAUUCCGAUCACUUUGUUUCCCUCACCUCUACCACCCAUGGUUCGAUUGUGGUAAUCGACUCCCCAAAUAUCAAUUUCACCCAACAAGAUUUUGAAAACUCUGAGGACCCUUUAUCCCCAGACUCAGUUAUCAACACUUGGGAACUAAUGGGAGGCCUUGAUGAUGACGAUUUCCACAUCAUUGACUUCCCCAAAACACCCCGCAAUACAGAGAUGGAUGCAAGCGACAUAGUGAAAUCCUUCGAGUUUGUGGAGCACGGCGAAUCUAAGCCGUUUCGGAGGCACUUAUCCGAGGAAUCAUUGCUAGCAAAAAUGGAUUCCAACGUGGUCUCCAGUUAUCGAAACGCUUUGUUGGCUAGACAACAUGGACAAGCAAAGAUUGAAGCUUUGGAGACUAAUAAUGGGAGUUCUCCGGUGUCCAGUAGUACUGAAUCGUGUUCUUUAUCGGGUGCUGAGGAUAGAAUUGUAUUGUACUAUACUACUUUGAGGGGCAUUAGGAAGACUUUUGAGGAUUGUUGUGCGGUUAGGUUGAUUUUCAGGGGCUUUAAUGUGUGUCUAGAUGAAAGGGAUCUUUCUAUGGACUUGUCUUACAGAAAUGAGUUGAAGGAUGCGUUAAAAGGGAAGGCAAUAAGCUUGCCACAAGUGUUUGUCAGGGGGCAGUACAUUGGUGGUGCAGAGGAAAUUAAGGAACUUAAUGAAUCAGGAGCGUUGGCUAAGCUAGUGGAAGGUUUUCCACUUAUGGAUUUGGGGUUUGUUUGCGAUAGUUGUGGGGAUGCAAGGUUUGUACCAUGCCCAAAUUGCAAUGGGAGUCGGAAGGUUUAUGAAGACGAAGAAGGAGAAUUGAUGAGAUGUUCUAAUUGCAACGAGAAUGUGAGCCUUGGAACUGUGAAAGAAUUUGCAAGAUAUGCUGCUGCUCAUCUACUGGGGUCGAUGGAGGAAUUGGCGUUGAGUUCCCAAGCUUUAUCAGUUGAGGCCUUCAUGUCUGCGAAUCCUCGUUUCAAAAUGAUUCCUCCACGAAUUCAAUGGCAAUUCCAGUUCAGCUAUAUCCUCACACUAUUGAAAAUGCAAUGGAAUCUAGUUCCAAUUAUAAUCAAAUAUCAAAUUAGGAAUAUUUAUGGAUUUUGA